AUGAUCGGUGCGACAAGGCGCUGGUUUCAGCGCAAUCGCAAAGGUCUUGCCAUCGGGGCUGGGGUGAUCGGAGCUGGUUACCUGGCCGGCCAGUAUGUUUUAUCCAAGAUUUCCGAAGCCCGAGAACGUAUGAGUAGUGAUCGGAUUGCCCGUGAAAAGUCAGUAUCCCCUUUUGAUGAAUUCCUGUUCUGCCAGCACGACAAUAGUCUACGCCGCCGAUUCGAACAGAACCAGACCGAUUGCACAUACACCGUCCUAGCACUUUUACCGACCGCUACCGAGAAUAUCAUUGAGGCUUUGCCCGUGGAGGACUUGACCAAGGAGCUUCAGCAGAAGCGGGCGGAGAGAUUGGCCCGGCUGAAUGCUGGGGAGGCUACUGGCUCAGAUUUCAGCUCUGUCGCUCCUAGUCUCGCGGAUGAUGCCAGUUUCCAGAGCGAGGGCUUUGUGCACACAAGCCAGAUUGGGGAGGACCAACCUCGGCCCAAGCGCAAUAAGACCCAGCUGUGGAAUGAAGUGAAGAUCACCUCCAUCACUCGGUCAUUUACUCUGAUAUACACUCUCUCCUUGCUCACCAUCUUCACCCGUAUCCAACUCAACCUCCUGGGCCGCCGGAACUACCUAUCCAGUGUGAUAUCUCUUGCUACACCCCCUGCCAACGCUUCGACAAUCAGUCUCGAAGACAAUGACGAUGAACUCACACAAACAUUGGGCGAUGACUUUGAGACGAACAGACGCUACCUGGCCUUCAGUUGGUGGUUGCUUCACCGCGGAUGGAAAGACCUCAUGGGCAGAGUACAAACCGCGGUAGAGGAAGUAUUUGGGCCUUUGAAUCCACGCGAGGAUAUUAGCCUGGCAAAAUUGUCAGAGCUGACUCUGGAAAUCCGACGGAAGAUAGAAGGCAGCACGGAAGACGAGCGGCGGUCCCAGAAGUGGCUCUCCUGCCUACUUCCUCCAGCCGAAGAGGAGGAAUAUGUCCUGCGCGAGUCCGGUGUCGAAGGUGUCGCAGACCCGUCCUCCUCACAGACUGCACUGAAGCUGCGUCACCUUUUGGAUGAGACUGCCGAUUUGAUCGACUCCCCCUCUUUCUCUCAUGUUCUGACACUUCUCAACAACGAAGGGUUCUCGACUCUGAUCGAUCAAAGAUGUGCCGCCGAUGCCUUCAAGGCACCCACCUCUGCCCCAGAGACUGCCCCCCAAUCCUUUGAUUCCAUUGCUACUGUUGUGCCUCUGGCUGCCAAUGCCGAGCGCAAGACAAAGCUUGCUAAUCUCCUGGCUGUCAUGGCUCGCCAAGCGCAUGUGAUUGGCAACGGUGUUCACCACCCCAAUGAGUAUUUGGCUGCCAUGGAUCAGAAUGUGCGCGAACUUGAAGCUUUCUCGGCUGUGGUCUACAGUUCAAACUUCGAUCUCGAGCUACUAGGUGCCAGGAACAAGGUGGAGCCCAGAGAGACGGACCCGGACGAACCUGUUUCGCCAUCCUUUUCCCAUGUCAUGGUUGAAAAGGAGGUUGACGUCGAACUUGAUUUGAAUAAGGAUGAACCUGCUAACUCACGCAUUGUCGAGCUUGACGAGUCUGUCGUCGGGCACGUUGAAUCUUCUGUCGUUGAGCCCAUCGAAUCUUCCAUUGUUGAGCCCGUCGAAUCUUCCAUUGUUGAGCCCGUCGAGACUUCUGUUGUUGGGCUCGAGGGACCGGUAUCAAGUGAGGCCCCUGACUCUGCCUUUGAACAGGCUUGGGGUAAAGCCGUGGAUGAUGGCAAAAACUCACCGGUGGAGGAAAUCCCAAGAGAGGAUAAUCAGGGAACGUAA